AUGCCGACAAGAUUUUUUUUUAUUGCGGGUCAUAUUUUUUAUCUAUCUAUCUAUCUAUCUAUCUAUCUAUCUAUCUAUCUAUCUAUCUAUCUAUCUAUCUCAGUUUAUAUUGCUAUAACAUUUACUUUCUUUUUCUUUUCCUUCUCUCUUCAUAACCGUUACUGUCUUUAUCCCUAUCUCUCUGGUUGUUCCGUUUAUUACGAAGUAUCUGUCUUUCUCAUUCCCCCUUCCCACAAGUCGCGCGUCGCGCAUGCGUACAAUAAUGGAGUCGACAUUCACGGCUCGAAUAUGGAUGGAAAAAACACUCAGAUGAUUAGAACCGAUGGCAAGGAUCUGGGGCAGAAUAUUGAACUGGCAACAAGAAAAGAAGAAGCUAAAGAGAAUGAGAUGCUUGGAGUUGGCUACCAUAUCCAACCGCUGAGUGAAGCCAGUAUCAUCCCCUUGGACAGCUUGAAGUGCUCAGAUAAGACAAUUAAGGACCAGUUUAGUACUGCAGCUGCCUUGAUAGGGCACCCGACUCCUAUAAAACCAGCAUUCCAGGCAGGCCUCCCUACCAACAUGCACUGCACUCCUGUCACCACACUGGGGGCAUUUACCACCCAGGUGAUCUCCCCAGUUUAUCUACCGACUACAUUUUCAGGGUUCCCUCAACAGCUGCUCACUAACAGCCAACUUUUUGUGACCCAGCCAACAAUGGUCAUACAUUCAAACUUACAGUGUGUCCCAGGUAUUGCUGCAGCCAAUCUAACCAGCCCAUUUUCAGCAACUGGUGCCAUCGAGCAGGUCCCAACCACUCACAUAGAGCAGCUGAAUGGGCCAACGGUUCUAGGAGACAAUAGUGAAGAAGUCAUCAUAGGGGAGGAACAGAAUUAUGUGGGGACUCAACCUGGGGAUGGAACUGAGGUAGUUGAGGGAAGCAAGGUUCAAAUGGCCCCUGUUGAACUGGACUCUGAUGCGUCCUGCGAAAUCUGCCCUGAUCUUGCCGACAACAAAUCUGUGGACUCUGUUGUAAUGACAGAGAAAGAUGACCAGUUUGCUUCGUCCGAGUCUCCAGUUUCAGAAAAUGUGGAAGAGGAGGAGGAAGAGGAUUAUGCUGAAGAAUCCUGUAGCCAGAACCCAAGUGAAGUCCCAGUGUCUCCAAGUGGAUCAGAAGAGAUCCCUGCUCAUAUGGAUCUUGGGGAUGAGACAGAAGAUGGGAUGUCUGAGUUAUAUGAUGAACCUGAGUUUGUUUGGGCAGAGUACCUUAGGGAAACGGGAGCCGUGGAAGUCCCUCCAAUAGCUUUUAAACAUGUUGAGUGCAGUUUGCAGAGUGGCUUUGUGAAAAACAUGAAGCUAGAAGUAGCUGUCAAAAAUGCAUCCCAUACAUACUGGGUGGCCUCCGUGAUAAUGACAUGUGGUCCAUUACUACGAUUACGUUAUGAUGGCUAUGGGGAUGAUGGUUCUGCAGAUUUUUGGUGUGAUCUCACAGCCUCUGAGGUGCACAGAAUUGGGUGGUGUGCUGAGAAUGGCAAAACCUUGAUGCCACCAGAUGAAUUAAAGGAUAAAAUUGGUAACUGGCAAGAAUUUUUAACCAAAUCUCUAUUUGGGGCCAUGACUGCCCCAAGUUACCUGCUGGACAAGACCACUGGGACCACACCUGUUGAUCAGAUCAAGCAAGGGAUGCGCCUUGAGUUGCAAGAUUAUAUAAAUCCAAGUCAAAUAUGGAUUGUGAAGGUCCUUGAGAAUGUUGGUGGUCGUCUCUAUCUCAGACAUGAAGGUCUGGAUCAUACCAAUCAUGAUUUUUGGCUGUUCUAUCUUAAUAAUCUUCUUCAUCCAAUUGGCUGGGCAAAAGAAAACAAUUAUACAUAUGCUCCGCGCAAAGACUUUGAGGACCAAUAUUCCAAAGAAGAAUGGGAAGAAAUUCUUCAGGAUUCCUUAAGAGAGAGCGAAGCCAUGCCUCUUCCUGUUGAUAUAUUUAAGGACCAGAUAGAUAUCCGUAAACACAGUUUCAAGGUGGGUUGGAAACUGGAGGCCAUUAACCCUGUGACCCGAAAUGAGAUUUGCCCUGCGACUGUGAUUGAAGUUAUUGAUGACAAAUACUUCAUCGUGGAGAUUGAUGACUUGCGCUCGGAGAGGGAGCGAUCAAGUAUCCAGUUUGGAUGUCACAUUGAUUCACCAGGCAUUUUUCCUGCUAAGUGGUGCAGUUGGAAAGCAAUAAGACUUACACCCCCAGCAGGUUGGAAUGAAGAAUUCACCUGGCCUGACUACCUCCAUCAUUCUGAAUCAAAAGCGGUACCAAGGAGUUGUUUUGGACUCAUCUGCACAGAUGUUCCAUAUCACAAAUUCCAACGUGGAUAUAAACUUGAGGCUGUGAAUCCAGAAAAUGGCAAUCAGAUUUGUGCUGCCACAAUCACUAAAAUUGUUGACCGGCUCAUGUGGAUCCAUUUGGACAAUAGUUCUAGGAUGAAGCCCAGCUUCAUCGAGGAUAUUGAAUCUCACAACCUCUUCCCUGUUGGCUGGUGCGAAAGCAAUGAGUAUCAAUUGAAACCACCUCGAAGGACUGCUCUCAGGCGACCUCACAGACGUGUGGCUGUGGUGCAACCAGAGCCUAUUCCAAUUGAGAGCACAUAUAAUAAAAUUAAAACGGUCAACAUGGAAGAGGAUACAUGGUGUCCAAAAAUUUAUUAUAACCACCGAUGCUUUUCGGGUCCCUACCUUGCCAAGAGCCGAAUAGCUGAGCUUCCCAAAUUCAUUGGGCCUGGACCAAUUAAACUGGUGAUGACUGAGGUGCUGUCCAUGUUGAUAAGUGUUGCUUAUAAGUCGUGCAGAGUUUUACGAGAGUUGCAGAUGGAUGGAGAGGCCAAUCCAAAUAUGCAUCAACAAUUGCUCAAAGCCAAGUAUAAGGGUAAGAGUUACCGUGCUGUAGUUGAACUAUGUCGCAAUGUAAAGCAGCUGGAUGAAUUUUGUCGACAGAUUUGUAUUAAGCUGGAAUGCUGCCCCAAUUUGAUUAGUCGUCACUGCAUUGAUGAUGACUGCCCAGAGAACUGUUCACAGCACACAAAGACGAAAUAUACCUAUUACUCUGGAAAGAAAAAAAGGAAGAUUGGCCGUCCACCUAGCGGCCACAGUAAUCUCAAAAACGGGAGCAAAAAGUUGGGCAAGCGCCGGAAACGGAGGAAAGGGUCACUGAUGAGCCGAAAAUCUCGGUCUUCGUUUGAUGAUGACAUCUAUGCCGGCAGCACCACACCGACUGAGGAAGUGCCUGUGGCUUCGGCCAAGAAGUCGUCAUCAUCGUCUCCCCCUGCCAGUGAGAACAGUGUCUGUAAGAGCGAAACCAAAAAGGCAACAGAACCCAAGCCUCCUGCUAAAAGGAAGUAUACCCACCAUGUAGCCCCUCGUUCAGAAAUCCAUACAAGGCGGGCAAAGCUCCCGAGGUAUAGUUUUGAAAGAAAGACUCAUAAAAAAAUUUUGAUUUCUCCAGCUCCAUCUUCUCCUCCUUUGAAGAGUGAUAGUCCUCCUCCUCCUGUCCAGACUGCUGCCCCUGUAUCACAGACAAGUAUUCCUGUAGCAAAAGAGGAAGAAGAGCAAGAGGAGGAGGAGGAAGAGGAGGAGGAAGAUGACGAGGAGGAGGAAGAAGAGGAGGAGGAGGAAGAGGAGGAGGAAGAAGAAGAAGAUAUUUCUGUGAAAAAGAAAGAUGAAGAAGAACUCUAUGUAGAUAUUGAAUCCAAUCCCCUCCACUGGACGGUGAACGACGUUGUCAACUUCAUCCGCAAAACUGAUUGUGCCCAAUUUGGCCGGUUGUUCCGUCAAGAGGAGAUUGAUGGUCAGGCCUUGCUCCUGCUGACUCUUCCAACUGUGCAAGAUCAUCUAGAUUUGAAGCUGGGCCCUGCCAUUAAACUAUGUCACCACAUCGAGAGGGUGAAGAUAGUUUUCUACAAGCAUUAUGCCAAGUGA